AUGAAAAUGCUUGAUGAUAUUAAAUAGUAGGUAGAGAAAGAGAUGAGAAAGUUUGAUCCUCGAUUGGCAGAAAAGAAGUAUUUGAAGAUUACUUAAUCAAUUAAGGAUUUGUUUUUAAAAACAGUUGUUUGUGAGAAAUAAACUAUUGAAGCUGUAAAUGGAAAUAUGAAGUAAGGCUGCAAAUUCUAUUGGUAUCAAUUAUUCUUCAGCUAAAGCGAUAUGGGCUGAAUUUA